AUGACGCCACUUUGCCUCUUCUUUGCUGCUGCUUCCUCUAUCGAGUCCUGUGGAUCGGACCUGCUGGGGGGUCUGACCCUGCUGGGUGUGGGGAUUUGGGUGCGUGUGGAUAAGGGUUUGUUCCUACAGGUGUUGAGUCCCUUCUCCACCCUCGACACGCAGUUUGUCAAUGUGUGCUUCUUCUGCAUCGCUAUUGGAGGAGUGCUGGUUCUACUGGGUGUACUGGGCUGCUGUGGAGCCCACAAGGGGAGCAAGUGUCUGCUGCUACUGUUUUUCUCCAUCAUCCUGAUUAUUUUCAUCGCUGAAGUGGCAGCCGGAACGGUGGCCCUCGCCUACUCUUCAUUUGCCGAGGGGAUUCUUAAAGCAUGGGCCACCCUUGUCUUGAAGAACCAGUAUGGCAGCGAUCCGGUGGUCACCAAGAUCUGGAACAGCACCAUGACCGAGCUGAACUGCUGUGGCUUCACCAACUACACAGACUUUACUGACUCGUACUACUCUGAGCAGCGUGAGGGUAGCUACCCACCCAGCUGUUGCCAGCUAGACACUGCCCCCUGCAGCCAGCAGCAGGCAUGGCACAGUGAUGUUCAGGGCUGUUUCGAACAGCUGUUGACGGCCCUUCAGAAGCAUGCCAACAUCGUAGGUGGGAUAGCCGUAGGCAUCGGAGGGCUGGAGGUGGCAGCGAUGCUGGUAUCCAUGUACCUGUAUUGCUAUCUGGACAACAAUGUCAGCUGAGACUUUGUAUUGGACAGACAAUAUGUUGUUAUGUACUGUGAAAGGUUAAUAAUAGUGAUUGUAGUGCCAUUAUAUCUGAUAGGUUGCCUUGAUGUUAUUAUCUACAAAUGUAUAUCAGUUAUCCAUUAUUUUACGUUUACUAAUCAAGUGAGAUAUCUUUUUAAUUAAUAGCACACA